AUGGCUGAGGCUCUCGGCGUCAUAUCAUUUGGAAUCGGCAUAUGUCAAGGGGUUUUGACAUAUUACGAUGCCUUUAGAGAUUCUGAACAAGACAUUGGCCAGAUGUGUGCUUCCAUGGAGAAUGUGGCCAAGACGCUUCUGGCAAUCGAUUUGACUCUUCGUCACGGUAAUUUUGACCAGAACAUCAUCGCCGCGGUUGAGAGUAGUAUCAACCUCUGCACGCAAGGAUUGCAGACUUUGGAAAAGAAGCUUGUCAAGAUUCGCUCAACACAGACGGAUGGCACACUGAGGACUCGACUGGAAAAUACGAAGCGGAAGCUACUUUAUCCAUUCAAAGAAAGCACUCUUGCCAAGUUGAGAGAGAUUUGCCACGAUCUUAAAAGCAACCUUGGCUUAGCUAUUGAUGCCCUAAACGUUCAUGCGGCUUUUAUAACCCAGCAGCGUCUCGAUCUCAUCUCUCAUCUUACUUCUCGUGUAUCGAAAACAGUCGGGAGCAUAGCUACUGAUAUCGCGAGUGUCACUACGGAUAUUCGAUCAAUUCGAUUGGAGAAAGAAGGUAUCGUGAGAAAUACACUGUUACUUCGCAAGGCCAGAGCUGAGAACCCCCAGAGCCUCUCAACCAAGGUUCGCCAAGACAAUGGCGCUCAGCAACUGCUGCAACACGAACAAUUCAAGUCAUGGAUGACUUCGACUGGCACUACCCUAUGGUGCACUGGUUUGCCUGGUAUCGGAAAGACGAUAAAUGUGUCUUAUAUAAUCGAAGCAUUGCGGAAACUGAGUCAUGGGAGCGACCUUGGGAUUGCUUACGUCUACUUCAGCUACAAAGACAUUGAGACACAGACCCCGGUUAACGUGAUGGCCAGCAUUCUUCAGCAGCUUAUUUCCGACAAACAAAGCUUUCUUUCAGAUCUGAAAAGUUUAUAUGCUCAACACAUCAAAGAAAACACGCGGCCAUCCGUUCCCGACAUAGUCUCGCUUCUUCAAGAUGUUGUUCUUAGCUAUUCCAAAGUUUUCAUCAUCAUUGACGCACUAGAUGAAUGUACUGACGCUGAUGACGUUCGAUUUAUACUUUUGACAGAGUUGAAGAAAUUACAGCAUCGGAUGUGUUUGCUUGUAAUGUCUAGACCGAUUCCUGAUCUAGAAGAGCCCUUGGAGGGCGCUACUCGCGUCAAUGUGGAAGCCAGCCUCAUCGACAUCAAGAACUAUCUUCUGCAGCGUCUUGAAAGUACGCGAAGUAUGCAGAAACAUCUUGCAGAGGAACCAAGUCUACGAGAUAAGAUAGUAUCGGUUAUCGUCCAGAAAAUUAAGGGCAUGUUUCUCAUGGCUCGACUAUACUUGGACACGCUGGUAAAGAAAACGACUCGUCGAAAAAUAAAGACUGCCUUGGAAACGCUGCCUGAAGGUCUCGACUCUAUAUACGAAGAGCUGAUGAAUCGGGUCAAAUUGCAAAACCCACAUGACCACGCAGAGCUGGCAAUGAGAGUGAUUGGCUGGAUAUUUUAUACCUCUAGGCCUCUUACUGUUAUUGAGAUGCAAAACGCUCUGGCGGUCGAACCCGGAGACACUUGCUUGGAUGAUGAUGGUAUCCCGAACCGUGAUUUACUCGUGUCGGAAUACUUCCAACGCAGCGGUCAACGCCUUUUAGACCAUGCAAAUAGGGAUAUUGCCGCUACUUGUCUGACGUAUCUACAUUUCGACAGCUUCAGUUGCGACGCCACAAAUGUGACGAGCCAUGAUGCGUUUCUAACGCUGUUGCAAAACAACCCGCUUCUCGGCUACGCAGCGCAACACUGGGGAAACCAUCUGAGGCAAGUUAGCGAUAGAGAGAUCAACGAGCAGGCAAUUGGAUUACUGAACGAUAUAAACAAAGUGCGUCUUAUCGCUUGGUUGAAGGAAUAUGCAGAUAACCUCGUCAAAGGAACCUAUUUUAGGCCACGGACACAAGUAUCCGGCUUAACACUAGCUUCUUCUUUUGGUCUCACGGUUGUGGCAUCUAAUUUGAUCAGUUCAGGCUCGUCUCUGCACGAAAGAGACUCAAACGGGCAAACUGCUCUGCAUCACGCCGUUGAAAAUGGGCAUACAGAUACGGCGGCAUUGCUGUUAGACAUGGGUGCUGAGAUCAAUUCGAGAGAUCUCGACGGCUCAUCGCCUCUCCAUCAGGCAUCCACCAACGCUGACGGAGAAACUGCCAAGUUGCUCAUACUGAAAGGCGCCGAUGUUAAUGCGGUUGAUGGGUAUAAUGCAACGCCCCUAUACCGCGCCGCAGAGGUGGGGGACGAAGUAGUCACCCGGCUUCUUCUCGGUGCAAAUGCCGACCUACUUGUCAAGAACAGCUAUCUCCAAACGGCUUUACACAGAGCAGCUGAUAGAGGGCAUCUUGCUGUAGUGGAUUUGCUCCUUAAGCAUGGCGCAGAUGUCAAAGCGAAAGAUCACUACGGAUACACGCCAUUAUAUCGGGCUGCCGACCAAGGACAUGAAGACGUGGAAAGACUAUUGCGAGCUUUUACGCGACGAGGUUAA